ACUCAUUUCAAAAAUUCUCUUGCAAAUACUUGGGCCAAAGAUCACAGCAUUGUGUGGAUUUACCAUAUUCCCUCCCAUGCACCAGGCUCUGGUAAAAUUGAAUGAUGCAGUAGGUUGUUUAUGGUGAAAGCAAUGGGUGGCAGAACGUUUAAGCACUGGGAGGAGCAUUUGGCAGAAGUCACCUGGUGAGUCAAUACCAGAGGAUCUAUCAGUCGUGAUGGUCCUACCCAAUCCAGCUCCCUACAUACUGAGACAAAGUCCUUGUUGUACACACAAAGAGCACUUUGGGAAAAGCAGUUUGGGUUCUUCCAGCUUCUGGAAAGGGCAAACUUCUCUGUGGAAUUGUUUUUGCCCAAGGACCAGGUCUGCUUGGUGGGUAAUGCAGAAAAAUGGGGAUGUUCAAUGCGUACUCAAGAAAACUGGUCCCCUCCUCAUCAUCACAACCUGCCCUCAGGAAGUUGUAGAGUGCAAUGAAUUUCCCCCCCUGAACCUCCUUUUCUCCAAGUCAAACAAUCCCAGCUCCCUCAGCCACUCCUCAUAAGACCCCAUUAUGCUCCAGACCCCUCACCAAUUUCGUUGCCUUUCUCUGGACGCAUCCCAGGGUCUCAAUGGAGCUGCCUCGUGGUUUUUGGGGUCCUCCUGACACCGUGACGCGGUGCUGAUGUCACCCUGAUGCAAUCACACCGUCACUGUGAUGCUGUGCUGUCACCUGCGUGCCCUGCUGGGCUCUCUGAAACACUUUGGAGGUGUUUGGGGUCCUGCUGGUGUCACUGUGAUGUCACUGUUGUGAUGUCACAGCGAUGUUGUGGUGUCAGCAUCACGCAGGGCUGUGCACCCAGCCCUGUUUUGUGUCACCGUGGUGCUGGUGGAGCUCUGUGGUGACUUUGGGGGUGUGUGACACCUCCGUGACAUCACCACGAUGGCUCUGAUGGUGGCAGGAUUGCAGUGGUGACGCGUGACUGUGACAUGACAGCACUGUCCCUGUGCUGCUCAAACAAAGCUGCUGGAGCUCCAGAGGUUCUGAUGUCAUCACCAUGGCACCCUGUGAUGUCAUCGCAGUGUCACCACGAUGUCAUUUUGUCACUGCUGAUGUAGGACUGCUCACCCAGAGCGGCAGCACGGGGGUCCCUGAGCCACGCUGAGGCCUUUUGGGGGGUGUGAUGUCACCAUGACAUCGUUGCUGUGCCACAGUGGUGUCACCAUGGUGUCUCAGUGGCAGCACAGCGUGGGGUCAGGGGUGGCCCUGGAGUUCCUGAAUGGCUUUGGUGCAUCUUUGGGGGAAGCGUGACGUCGUUGUGAUGCUUUUGUCACUGUGACAGUGCCAUCACGGUGACAUCAGGGUGACAUCAUGAUGUCCCCACGCAGGGCUACUCACGUAAGGCAGCAGCACUGGAGUUCCUGAACCGUUUUGAGGAGGCCAAAGCCACGUAUGAAGAAGGGUUGAAGCACGAACCUGGCAACGCACAGCUGCGUGAGGGGCUGCACAACAUGGAGGCCAGGCUGGCUGAGCGGAAACUGCUGAAUCCUUUCAGUAUCCCCAACCUCUACGCCAAGCUGGAGGCGGACCCCCGGACGCGGGCGCUGCUGGGGGAUCCCAGCUACAGAGAGCUGCUGGAGCAGCUGCGCACACAGCCCGCCGAGUUGGGCACGAAGCUGCAGGACCCGCGGGUGAUGACGACGCUCAGCGUUCUCCUGGGGGUGGAUCUGAGUGGGGCUGAGGAGGAGGAGGAAGCCAUGUCCCCCCCGCCACCCCCACCCCCUCCUCGGCCCGACCCGCGCCCCGAGCCCAUGCAGCAGGACCUCCCUGAGAACAAGAAGCAGGCACAACGGGAGAAGGAGCUGGGCAACGAGGCUUACAAGAGGAAGGAUUUCACCACUGCCCUGGCACACUACGACCGUGCUGAGGAGCUGGACCCCACCAACAUGACUUAUAUCACCAACCAGGCUGCCGUUUACUUCGAGAAGGGCGACUACAACCGCUGCCGUGAGCUGUGCGAAAAAGCCAUCGAGGUGGGCCGGGAGAACAGGGAGGACUACAGGCAGAUUGCCAAAGCGUACGCCCGCAUCGGCAACUCGUAUUUCAAGGAGGAGCGCUAUAAGGAUGCUGUGCAUUUCUACAACAAGUCCUUAGCUGAGCACCGCACGCCCGAUGUGCUCAAGAAGUGCCAGCAGGCAGAGAAGAUCCUCAAGGAGCAGGAGAGGCUGGCGUACAUUGACCCCAACCUGGCGCUGGAGGAGAAGAACAAAGGCAAUGAGUGCUUCCAAAAAGGGGAUUACCCCCGUGCCAUGAAGCACUACACCGAGGCCAUCCGGCGCAACCCGCACGAUGCCAAGCUGUACAGCAACCGUGCUGCCUGCUACACCAAGCUGCUGGAGUUCCCACUGGCACUGAAGGAUUGUGAGGAAUGCAUCCGCCUGGAGCCCACCUUCAUUAAAGGCUACACCCGAAAAGCAGCAGCACUGGAGGCCAUGAAAGACUACAGCAAAGCCAUGGAUGUGUACCAGCGCGCCCUGGACCUUGAUGCCAACUGUAAGGAGGCUGCUGAGGGUUACCAACGCUGCCUGUUGGCUCAGUACAACCGCAACGACAACCCCGAGGAGGUGAAGCGACGCGCCAUGGCCGACCCCGAGGUGCAGCAGAUCAUGAGCGACCCCGCCAUGCGCCUCAUCCUCGAGCAGAUGCAGAAAGACCCCCAGGCCCUCAGCGAGCACCUGAAGAACCCCGUCAUUGCCCAGAAGAUCCAGAAGCUGAUGGACGUCGGGCUGAUUGCCAUCCGGUGAUGUCACCGUGUCUGUGUG